AUGGCUAGUGGCUCCUUUUUCUUUUCUACUCUUUCAUUAGCAUUCCUAUGCAGCUUUCUUACAUUUGACAAUGUGAAAGCUGAUUUAAUUGGAGACCUUUGUUCGAAGACAUCGAAUCUUUCUUCCUGUGAUGAAGUUUUAAGAUCAGAUCCUCGUUCUGUUAAAGCUGAUCUCCGUGGAUUAGGUCAAAUUGCCAUCGACAAAGCAAUAACCAGUGCCAAGACAUCCUUGAAUUUGGUAAAAGCACUUGCGAAAGGAAGAAUUCAGAGUAAGUGCAUAGAAUACUAUUUUAUAGCGUUCAAUUCUCUAAACAAAUGCCAGAGUUUGAUACUUGGGAAGGAUAAACUGAAUUUAUAUGCUGAAGCUGCAAAUGCCGAUAUUGAUAUUUUUACUCGUGAUGCUUUAUUUUAUGGAAAGGAGCCUAUCUUCCUUAAACAAGCCAGUCAAAAAACUCGAGAUAUUAUUAAUAUCUGUAGGAAUUUUGUGUUGGAAAUUGGUUGUGACCAAUUGAAAUGA